AAAGUAGUAAUUGUGUUGCUUCUAAAGAAAAGCACGAAUCAGAAGGCCAACUCACUGUCAAGCAUAUUUGGAAUAUUGUUGCAAUCAACACACGCACCAGAGAAGGUCAUUGAAAUGAUGGUGAAGAUGGGUCUCUCAAUAUCCAUUGAUGCAAUUCAUGAUACAGUCCAUUCACUAUCUGCAGAAUCAAGUCACACACUUCAAAAUCUUGGACAAACACUUUUAGCAGCUUAUGCAUAUGAUAAUUUCGACAUCAACCUGAAGACCACCAUUCCGGCUGCAUAA